AUGCCAAACAGUGGAAAUCCAGCGAGGAAUUUGGGAUGGCUUUUUGGCGUUUUAGCAUUACGGCAUCAUUUCAAAUUUAAAAAAAUAUUAAUUUCUAGUAAUAAUUUUGUCUCUGCAACUGAUUUGGGAAGGAUUGCAUCGAAUUAUUAUAUUGGAUUUGAAACAAUUGAACUAAUAAAUGAUCAUAAUGGCCCAAUAAGUUUAACAGAAAUGAUGACAGAUGAAAUGAUUAUUGCAUUAAUUUCUUCUUGUUCAGAAUUUGCACAAAUAAAAAACCGUGAUUCAGAAAUGACUGAAUUAGAUGAAUUAGCCUCGUUUGGAGCAAAUUUAAAAAUUCGUAGUGGAUUGGCAACAACUGCAGGGAAAGUUAAUUGUCUUCUUCAGAGUUAUAUUUCCCGUGCUUUUGUCAAAGAUUUUGCUCUUUCAUCGGAACUUUAUUAUAUUUCACAAAAUGCUGGAAGAAUUGCUCGUGCUAUUUUCGAAAUUGCUUUAAGACGUGGUUGGGCACAAACAACAGAAGCUUGUUUAACUAUGGCUAAAUGUAUUGAACAAAGACUGUGGCCUUUUAAUUCUCCAUUAAGGUUUUUUAUUUGGGGCUUCUGUCACUUAAUCCUUUUUAAUCCCAACAAAUCCAACUUAAUCCCCAAAUCCGUCGAUAUGAUUUUUCUGCACAAAUCCGCCCAAAUCGAUAUGAUUAGAUACCAGGGGUUUUAA